AUGGCACAAUUAAUUAAGCCUAUCUACAUAAAGGAUAGUGAAUUGUACAAAGAAGAGAACGAACUUGAUGACCCCGCCAUCCUUGAAAUGCUGUCAAAGUUAGGAGCACAUCCAAAAAUAUUUGGAGAAAACUUCAAAUCUGCAGAGCAGGCCUACCAGCUAACCAAAGCUAUUCGUACAGGCAACCUUGUGGCAGCAGACACAAUUCGAGAUGCCAAGUCUUUGGAGUGCAAGCUAAUCGGCAACACCGUUACUAACACCCCACAGUGGAGGGAUGAAGCUGAUGAUGUCAUGGAGAAAAUAAUAUGUGCAAAGAUUGAUCAGUUAAAGGAAAUGAAUGAUCUUUUAGCUUCCUCCAGGCCCCAUACCAUCUUCGCCCACUCCGUAUACGAUCUCUACUGGGGCACCGGCUUGGACUCCGAAAAAACCGCACAUACUGCUCCAGAUGCCUGGCCCGGUCAGAACAAGUUCGGCAAGCUGUUACAGCGUCUUGCGGACAAACGACGAACGAAGCCGCGUUCCGUCUCCAUGUCCAGAGCGGUAAAAACCAGGCAGCAAAGCAUCGAUAAGUACACGUGUUAA